UCAUGUGACUGAAACCACUUACAAAAUGGACAGGCUUAAAGUCUGAACUUGCCUGAAGGGCAAUGGAUUUUAAGAACAUUUCUACCCAUUUCUUAAGUUUGGCUCCAAACCAUUUGUCUUUGCAAUACUGGAAGCAACAACGCCGAAGAACCAAGAACGCUGUGGCUGAACAAAAAAAAAAGAUCAGGCUAAACAGCAAAAUGAAUGCAUCUUUCAUCUAGUCCUCCACACACUGCAAUCAGCACUGCGAACCUGGGAACAGGAGAAUUUUCUGACUUGAAAGCCCUGGUCUUAACAGGUUGCAUAUACUUAGCAUCUAAGAAUUCAAGCAUGAAGACUUUAUUUCUGAGCUCUAAAGAAAUAUACUGCUAUGCUGAGGCACGUUUAAUAUUUCAACAAAGCCACACUUGUGGAAAAACAUAUUCGGAAAGGUAGAACAGUUUCAGGGAACUGUGGCCAGAAGAAAACUCCAGAGAACAUUUGGAGCUUCAGAAAACAUCUGGAAAGCUAAAGAUGAACCUACUUGAAACAUUCAAAUCAUGGUUUCUAGUCUGCAUCGUGGUUUGUGUUUUCAUCUUUGGUGUUUUCUAUCUACGGAAUACAAUCUUCAAGACAGACAAGGAAAAAAUAAUCUCAAGGGAGUGUGGCUUUUAUCCAGAUGAACUUUGCUCGGCCCUUUUUGAUGGGAAGAGAGUUGCUUUUCAAAUUGGCCAACUGUGCCAGGAGGCAUUAGGGGAAAAAGACAUGUCCACCUGCAUACAAACACCGUGCAACUGUUCUACGCUGCAGAAGAAACUCCACUUCAUUACAAGGCCACUGUCGGAAGAAGAAAGGAACUUUUCCUUGGCGUACAUCGUCACCAUUCACAAGGAACUGAACAUGUUUAUAAAACUACUCAGAGCCAUUUACAUGCCUCAGAACGUUUACUGUAUACAUAUUGAUGAAAAAUCAUCAAAGGAUUUUAAGCAAGCGGUCCAAAGCUUGGUCGACUGCUUCGAAAACGUUUUUAUUGCUUCAAAGAGAGAAAAAGUGGUCUAUGCUGGAUUCUCCAGGCUGCAAGCGGAUAUCAACUGCAUGAAGGACUUGAUCCAUUUAAACAAUCAAUGGAAUUAUGUUAUUAAUGUCUGUGGUCAGGAUUAUCCCAUUAAAACAAACAAGGAACUUAUACACUAUAUUAAAAGCAAAUGGAAUGGUAAAAAUAUAACCCCAGGAAUUGUUCAACCACCUCAUAUGAAACACAGAACUAAUUUCAGUUACCAAGAAUUUGUACGUUCAGGAAAAUCCUAUGUCUAUCCAACUAAUAAUGUGAAAAGUGAACCACCCCACAAUUUGACUAUAUAUUUUGGGACUGCGUAUUAUGUACUCACAAGAAAAUUUGUAGAGUUCACACUGACCGAUGAACGUGCAAAAGAUUUGCUUGAAUGGUCAAAAGACACCUACAGUCCAGACGAGCAUUACUGGGUCACCCUGAAUCAUAUACCAGAUGCUCCUGGUGCUACACUAAACACAACUUGGCAAGGAAAUAUACGAGCAAUCAAGUGGAAAAAUCAAGAAGGACAAGCCCACAAUGGCUGCAAAGGACAUUAUGUCAGGGAUAUUUGUAUCUAUGGACUUGGAGAUCUGGAGUGGAUUAUUAAUUCUCCUCAUUUAUUUGCCAAUAAAUUUGAGCCAGCCACAUACCCACUUGUCAUGGAUUGUCUAGAAAGGCAUUACAGAACGAAGUUGCUCCAGGAAGCUGAAGUUCGUUUGGAAGCACACUGGCACUUGGAAGAAUAGAAGGGACAUCUGCACAUUUGGACUAACCGUAAUCUCUAUGGAGGGCAAAACAGAACCAAAGACAUGCUACAUUUCAACAUGUAUGUUCCAAAAAUGGAUACCACAUCAUAAGUAUUUAGCAUCUUGGACCUGAGAACAGAAAGGAAAAUUCUGAACGUGAAGAUUCAAUAUGCACAGCUCUAAUCUCUCUACAAACAUUAACUUCUCUGGGCAUGUCGUAGUUUUUUCUUCCUAUACAAUUGCUAUGAAACAAAUAAUUGGUGUAUAUUGGUCUUACAUACUUAGACAAUAUAGUUUUCAGUCCUUGUUUAGCAACUGCUGGCAGUUAUGAAGAUGACAUAAAAAUAAUUUUAUGAACAAUUAUUGCAUUUACAACUUUGGCAAGUUUGCAAAGCGAAGAAAAACUGCAGUAAAAUAAUAAGCACAAUGGCAAUUUACUUAAUGACUGCUGCUUGGCUUAACAACUGAGUUGUGGUCAACAAAAAAGGACUAAGAAAUAUCUGAACUCUCUUUCACAUAAACCUCUUUCUAAUAGAAUGCUUGCUCUUUUAAAUGGAUUGCUUAAAAAUAGCCUCUUGACUUAAAUCUAGACCAGGGAUCUCCAACCUUGACAACUUUAUGACUUGUGAACUUCCAAUUCUUAGAAUUCCUCAACCAGCUGGCUGAGGAAUUCUGGGAGUUGAAGUCCACAAGUCGUAAAGCUGCCAAGGUUGGAGACUCCUGGUCUAGACCAUGCCCUCUGAACUUAAAAGAACUAAAUGAAUCAUAAUUAACUUGUACCACUUGGUCUAAGAGGGAUAUCUAAAUCCAUAUCUGAAUAUAAUUAAUACAUUGUUUAUUCUUCUUUAACAUCAUUUUUCUACAUGCAAUUUUAUGUAAAAUUUAACUAAUAAAUUGCUGAAUAAAAAGUCAUAAAAUUAAUCAAAAA